AUGGCUCAAGACGACCAUGGGCAGAGUCACGGAGACUCUCCCAAUAAUCCUUCAGCUUCUUCUGUUCUGACAUCAAACUCUCCUUCUCUAGCUCCCAUUGUCGCAUCUGUCACCGCUCCCACAACUCACGCCGCGAGCACCAGAACUGCCAAUACAGCUUCAGCUCAUUCCGACACGACGCUCCCGCCCAUCACCUCGAUUGCAUCGGUACCGUUCACAGCAGCGGACCGUCCGACCGCCUCGACGACCGCUGCAGUUUCCACCUCCGCACCCGUUCCCGCAGAGCCCGAACUUCCCGCAGUCUCUUCUUCUGCGCCGACUUCUACGCCAGCUCCAGCUCCAGUUGCCUCUACCGCUGCGCCCGCGGUUGCCCAACAGAACGGCGACAGUAGAGCUCCCGAGGCUGUCUCGACAACACCUGCAUCUAAUUCGGAAAUGUCUAACCAACAUCCGGGAAUGCCUCAUGGCCAGCAUGUCAGCUACCAGGGGUCUUCGACACAUUAUGCGCCAUCGAUCGGUGUAACAACUGCUCAAUAUGGCUCUUAUCCUGCGGUAACGAGUCAACCGGCUGAGGCGUACCGGCCCAGUCCUAUGCCUAUCGGUAGCAACAUGUCCCUGCCAAGUAUGAGGACGAUUGAGAACCCACAUGGACCGCCUGUGUCGAGUCCACAGGGCAUGCCGAUGAACAUGCCGAUGGCCCAAGUGCCAGGCGGUGUACCGUACUAUCAACAUCAGGGCAUGCCCAUGGCUCCAGGUUACGGACUUUCUGAUCCUAUGGCUCGUUACGCUAUUCCGCAUGAUCCCCGUCUUAUGGGCCAUAGGGGGCCAAAGAAGGAGAUCAAACGUCGGACAAAGACAGGUUGUCUGACUUGCAGAAAACGCCGAAUCAAGUGCGACGAGACACACCCAACUUGCAAUAAUUGCAAGAAGUCAAAGCGCGAGUGUUUGGGUUACGAUCCAAUCUUUCGGCAGCAAGCAGGCGGGCAGCCUUCUAAUAUUCAACCGGCACCUAGCCAGAGGACUCCUCCUACAGUCCCUAGCUCCGUGCCUUCGAGCAUUCCUUCCUCCAUAGCGCCCAACCCUGUCCUCACCGCUCGACCUACCAACUCAUACGGUAGCCAACCGUCGAUGCUCCCCAGCUCAUACGCAACAGCUCACGCAACAACCGCAAGCCCCAACCCUUCUAUCACCUCGCUUAGCUACGAUUCCAGUUUCUCCAACGUGGCGUCUCCUCCUGUCAAGUCCGAGCCAACAUACGAGUAUUCGGCUGCUGCUAUUGACCCAGCCCUUCACAAUCCCGAAAGCUCAAGAGCGGUUGACCAAAGGCCUCUUGCUGACAACCAAAACCUAAGAGCCAACAAAAUGAAUAUCGAUGAGAUUAUCAAACUCUUGGGCCAAGUUCCGCCGCCCCAGAGUGGUCCUCAUCCUGAGGAGAUGCUCAACGAAAUCACAAAGGUCUACCAUGAGAUGUAUGCACAUGGUCUCAGUUCUUUCUUCGAAACCACAUGGUACUUUUUUACGGAAAAUGGAAAGAUGUCACUUCCUCGAAACCCUUACUUGGUGGAUUUGCUAGCAAGCUUUCUCAAAACAUUGGAGGCUGUCAAGGUCAACGAUCAUUCGCAAAUGGCUUACUCGGGUAUCCUUGAGACGCGCCUCGUAUGGGAGCUUGCGCGAUCAGCCUACGAAGCCCCCACAACCUCUCCUGUCAACCCUGGUCUGCCAGCUGAGAAUGAUGCCAAGGAGGCCCAAAACCGAAUUCGAGUUGUCGAGGCACUACUCUGUGGCGACUAUCUGCCUUCCAACCCUCUUUGUUUACCCGUGCAGGACCCUGGCAAUUCUCGCAUCCGUCAAUUUGACUUCUGGUACAGUUUGGCCGAGUUUGUACGGACGCGCGACAAUCCCACUGGUCAAGUUGCAGUCAAGGUGAGGGAGGAUAUGCUUGCAAGAAUGCGUUACCUGCUCGAUGGUCGCGAGAACCGUGAUGUCCUCUACUCUAUUGCUGUUGUUCGAGAGCUUUCACCCCACUUCGAUUCUACAUACAACAACGCUCCGCAGCACGUUGACGAGAGCGACCCCAAGAAUAGGCUUGCGGUUGCAUCCAAAUUCAUCUUCGACGAGUCACAAGUGACAGGAGGUACGACCAACGUGGUUCGCCGGUUCUGCGACAUCGCACAUAGAGCAUUCGUCAAUCCAGGUGUCAAUAUCGCUCGGAGAAAUUAA